GAGCCCCCUGGCCGCCGUUGCUGUGAAUGAGACUGAGGGAUGUAUACGAUCCGGUCCGGUCCAAAUAUUUGGUUUGGGCUCGAAAUGCUUUUGCAGAUCUUGAACUGGUUCAGAAGUGGCCUGAGACUGAUCCCGAAAAAAUGUCAAUUGAGAGAAUAAUUCAACCGGAUCUGUGCCAGAGUUCGAAUCACUCGACCUGGCCCAGUAAGAGUUCGAAUCACCCACCGGCCACCGUCACUGGCCUCACUGUGUUUUUCCUCGGAACAGGCGCUGCUCUGCUUCUGCUGGACUGCUUCUCGGAACCAGCUGUUCUGCUUCCGCGCUGCACGGCUUCUCUGCGCCGCACUGCUCGCCGGAGAACCUUAGUCACGACGCCACCAACAGCGGCCGCGAAGUGUGAAGGUCACUGCUCUGCUCCUGCUCCUCUUCUCCUCGGCGCUUCUCCUCCUCUUCUUCCCCUGUUCCUUUCUUUUCGGCGCUGCUCAUCUUCUUCUCCUCGGCGCCGGUGCUCUUUUGGUGAGGAAGGUCACAAGCCCCUGCUCAGCCGCUCUUCUUUGUUCUCUUUGUUUGGUUCUGCAUGGGAGAAUGAAGUUAGAGACAGAAAGUCUCAAAGAUGGUAAAUGCAAUGAUGGAAAAGAAAAAGAGAAGGUUCACUUUCUGUGCUGAUAAAGUGAUUCUGCUGGUCUUGUAAGUUGACACAGUUACGCAGCUAAUUCACAGAUACAUGUAGACAUAUAUAUUAUUAUAGAUUCUUUGUUCCUUCCUGGUUCAUCCUCAAGUUUGUUCACAUAAAGGUUAGGAAAAGGUUGAGAUGAGUGAGAGAAAGAAAGGCCUAGAGAAUUCAAUAAGUUUUGGGAUUGAUAUGACUAGCAUUAGUGUUUACAUUUUGUCUCCUAGCAUCUGGAAUUGUGAUUCAUGGAGAGAUUCAAGUUCAACUUUGGCUAGCAACUUCUUUGUAACAAAUUAUUAGUAAAAGCACGGUUUUUACCCAGUAUAAUUGUGGUCCAAAAGUGUUUAGGUUUCAUCGGGUUUAAGGCAAGGUUAGGGUCUGUAAAAUACGUCCGAUACAUAUUUAGGGCCGGGUUUGGGUUAGGGUAAACUCCAUUUCACCCGACCCAUGUACACCCCUCACUCCAUUCCUGGGAGUCCCCUUUAGACCAAAAGCAUCUGGAUAUCUUCAAUUAUUGCCCAUGCUCUGCAGGGCCAAUUAGCCCUGCCAAGGAAAUCCAUGAACCCAGACCCCGAUCCGGUGGUAAGCGACGUUGAGAACCUGAAACUGAAACUGAACCAUGCCGAAUCCAAUCGGUUUGAAUUGGUUCGGUUUGUUUUAACUGGUUCAAAACUUGAAUCCGAUUUGUGGAAAAUUGAAUCAGCGAGUCCUCCUUUUACACGAAUAAAUUUACACCCUUUUCUCCUAGGGUUUAGAUCGCGCUUAACCUUCAUAUAUCGAGUUUGGAAUAGCCGCAGAUCACUCUCUUGAAGCAAAGUGCUUAGUCCUUGGAAUCCAAAUGAUCACAGUACAAUGCUAUUUCAUAUUCGUUUUUCUUUUUCAUUUGUGUUUUCUGCUAAGUUAAUCGUGCUGCUAAAUGUUGUUCUUGACUCAUUUAUAUCUUCAGUUUUUUUUUUCUUUUAUAAUUUUAUAAUUUUUGUUCCUAAUUUUCUGCAAGCUGGAAAUUUUGGAGUCAUCUUUACAGCGAGUUGGUUGUUCAUUGAUACCUUUCUCGUGUCUGAGGAUGACGAAAUUGUUUCAGAUCCGUUGAUGUUAUUUUUCAUUGGCCAAGGAAUGAUAAUGGAAUGUCACAUUCCUUGUGCUUUUAUUGCCAAUGGUACAUUUAACAGUUUCACUGUCUUUCCUGUACUUUGUUCAAUUCAUUGCUUCUUGAUACAAUCCAUUUUUUACCUUGGAUGCCGAGUUAUGUUAUUUGUAAGCACUUUUUGUCUCAUACAUCAAGCCGAUGCACAUUUUUCACUAUCAGAUGAGGUGGGAGAUUUAUUUGAUAUUGUUUCUACACCCAAUCUAAGUGCAAAAGAAUGUGGAUAUGCUUGAUGUGUGUGACAUUAAGUGGUGCAAAGCAUUUCUAUGAAGUUCUUAAUCUCCAAUGCAGUAGUGAUUUGGCUGAGAGAAAAAAGUCAAAGACUCAUUCUAAACACAUGAUAUUGCUAUUUACAUGUGAGCAUUAAUAUACCCUUGUGGUUGUAUUCAUUGGCCAUUGAGGGGUUCUUUAUAAUAAUAAUGCUCAAAUUGAAGUUCUUUUGGAAUUAGUCAGGCUUCUUGUGCUGUUAUGAAUGUGCUUGGAGUUUGGAAUACAUUCCCACAUCUCAUUUGUCAGUCUCUUUUGAUGAACAAGUUUUUGUUUUUGUUUUUU